AAUUGGUGCUCUGGCAGAUUUUUAUAAUAAGGCCUUUAUUUCUUGUUAAGCCUUGGAUUUGAAAAGACCUGUUUGGAAGCAACUGUCCAACAACAAAGCAGCAGGAUUGAAGCUCUGCAGAGAGAGCGUCGAGCCACUACCUCAGUAAGCUGCUCAUAAAUUUCUCUUUUCAUGACUCCUGAACCUAGUUACCUAUUUCUAUAGGGAAAUGUGUAUUUUUCCCAGAGAGCCAAGGGGAGAUCAGUUCCUUCUCUAUUCUGCUGAAUAGAGGCUGCUCAGAAAGCAGCCUAGGAUCUACUUGGCUUUCAUAGCAAGUGGCCUUAGAGUGUUCUCUAUGGCCUGUCCUACAGAGAUAGUGGCCUUUCAUUAGUAGCUUUGAAUAGUAGUCCUGCUUUGGGCUUCAUCCUAAGUGAAAAGAAUUACUUAUAGUAGUAGCUCAGGGUUCUGCCUUGAUUGCUGAUGGUAGUGAGGAGGCACAGCUGCCUCUCUGAGCCAAGCUGGGCCCUUGAACUUGGGUACAUACAAUUGACAGGUGGGGAGAGUUCUCUUUGUCUUUGUGGUGGUUGAAGGUGCACUGUCUCUUUCAGGCACAGGCAGCCUCCCAGGAGAGACUGGAACACAUCAAAGCAAGUCAUCAUGCUUCUCGGAGAAACCAGCUAAAAGACAGAAUUGGAGAUCCUGAAUGUGAAUUGAACAAGAUAAAAAAUACUCCACAAGACGGUAUUUUCCCAGAAGAAUGUGCACAGGCAGAAGUGGAAGAGGACAAGGAGCUGUAUCCGGAGGAAGUGAAAACUAGACGAUGCCUAGCAAAGAAAGUGGAAAGGCAAGUCCAUAUUUUUUGGAGUGGUAAUAAAAGUGACUCCUGUUUCCUCAUGCAUCUUCCUUCCAAAUCACUCUUCUCCACCUGCUCAGCAUCAUGUGUGGAAACAUGAGAUGCCAUAAUUCUGGUGCAAGACCCUUCCCCUUCAUCAGCCUUCUCUUCAUUUCUCUUUAGUGUUUCAGCAGGAACACCACAGUAGCAACAUUAUUGCAUUAACAACAUACUUUUCAAGUUGAUAUUGUUUUAACUGGUAGCUUGUUUUAGUAGUCUGUAUCAUUUCUUCAUCCUGCAUACCACACCAAAGAUCAAUUUCAUGUCCAUUACUCUUUGAGUAUGAAUAGGAAAGAAAGAUUAGUUCUGCCAUCAUUGCUGCCAUAAAUAAAACUUUGAGUAUGAAUAGGCCCCUCAGAAAACAGCAUUAGAUUCUGUGAAGGAAAACUAGAAAUUAUCUUUAUUGGCUUCUGUUUAAGCAGUGGCUCUGAGCUUUGAGCUUCCCUUGGGACGGGGGGCCAGCCCAGAGUUGUUAUGCUGGUGCCUUCCAGAAGAAGCUAUGUAAACACAGGGCUUUCACAGAAGGCAUUCCAAGCCCUCAUGCUGAGCAGUCCUAGGCGUUGGCAACACUUGCUGCUCCUUGCACCUGGUGUGAGGUGUUAGAAACAGGCCCUGUAAACAAGCUCAGGUCAAAUGAUGUGCUAUUUUUGGAGGCUCUUCAUCUCAGAAGUCAAAUAAUACUCAAGGACCUGGAGACUAACUUUGGGAAAGUGUUACUACCAAAGGUAACUGUUUGUGUGCUUUGGAAUGUUUCAGAGCUAACAAGAGCCUUGAUAAAGCCAAUGCUAAGCUCCUCUGGAAGCGCCUUAAAAGGCAAUCGUCAGUCACAGGCAGCACUGUCAGAAGAGAUCUGGCUGCAGCUCCAGUUCUGCGUUCAACUGCACUGGGACAUCUUGGCAACCGUUCAGGACUGGACAGUAGUGUGAGUGCAGGAGACAGCUUGCAAAGGCAACAUAAGAAGUACUUGUCAUCAAGAAGGAGGCUUGUAGCCUCUGUGGCCAAGGUAAGCAUUUUGAAAUACCAUUCCUGACUCCUGCUGGAGAGUGGCAGUGUGCAAGGUUCUCCCUCUUAGCAUGAAGUUAAAAUCCAUUUAUUGGUCCACAUUGUCUGAUAGGCCAAAGCAACUGCUAAUCCUUAAAACAGUGCACAGCUGUACAAUGUAAGGCUGAAGACUUUUGGUCCUCAAAAACUUUUGGUCCUGUAAAAAAUUUUCAAGAGGGUCAAAGGCCACAAAGUAUUUAAGUCAAAGCAGGAUUUUACUGCUGCUUGUCCAUGCUUGAAAAAUACUUGAGGCUUGAGGGGAGUUGUUCUUUUGGCACCACUGAGAAGAGUUUGGCUCCAUCUCUGUUACUCCACCCUCCUGGUACUUAAUACCCACAGAGAAGGUGGCCUGAGCUUUGUCUACUCCAGGAAAGAAACAGGCACAGCUCUCUCAGCCUCUCCACACAGCUCACGUGGUCCAAGGCCUUUGGCAUCUUCUUGGCCACCACAGGCCAUCAUCUCCAUUUGCCAUGAUACUUUUAGGUUUUAUCACAUUGUCUGUGGGUUGUAAAAAUGUUUCAGGAGUUGUAGCAGUUACAUUUGAGUCAUAUUAUGUCUUAACUGUAUGUUUGAUGUAUAAUUCUAGGUACAGCUGGAACAGGAGGAAAAACUCUCUAAGGAAAUGGAAAAAGGUAAUGUAUCAUUACAUUGGGAGUGUUUUAAAGGAAAAAGGUGACUGUUUCUAUGUCUUGACAGCUUUCAAGCCAUUACUUUCAUCUUCCUCUGCUAAGCACAGAGAUGUUUUUCUGCUAGCUCUCCAUUUUAGACUUGAAUUUGAAAAGUUCCUGCUUCCCAAAAUAUUGCAUAGAAUGUUAUGCACUUGCCUACAGAAAAACAGAAAGAAAAUUAAUCCACUGGCUCAAACAGAAACACUUGGUUGAAGAUGAAGUUGCCCUUCACUAGAGUUAAUUUCCAGCAAAAACAUCAAGUCCCCAGAUUUUUAUAGAUCUUUAUAGACUUCAGCCAUCCCUUCCUUCCCUGUACAUGGAUUGCAUUCAGUACUAAACCAUACCAUACAUGUUCUUUGCUGUUAGGGACAAAAGAGAACAUUUCUUCAGGAAGAGAUUGUUCAGUAGUGUUUAGGCAAACAGGAGUUCGGUGCUUGCAGCAUGGGGCAUAAAACACCCUCUACAAUAUGAGGCCAGGAGUCCAAAGAGAAAAUCCACCUGCUUCAGGACAGCUGGUCCUCCAGAGUCUCUGCUUUGCAGGGGCUGCAGCUGUGUAGCUGUAGUGUUCCAAAAAAGCACAGCUUUGAACGUUUAAGGAAAGCAAAGCCUUGAGGCUGAAGAGCUCUGCAGGAGCUUUGCUAACAGGCACUGCUAAGGGCCACUGCAGUCGUGUGCAGUCCCAGAAGAUGUUCACUGUGUCGCCUCCAGAACGUCUGUCGCUAGCUUUACAAAUGCUGUUGACUGAGAAGCAAAUGUGCACAAAAUGUGUUUCUUCCUUUUGCCCAGCUCUUCCCUUGUUAGGUGUCCUUGGAAGUUUUGAAGCCUCAUUCAGGCUUAGAGACUCUCAAGUCAUGUAAAAUGUUCUUAGAGUGCUUUAUUUCUUCCUGUAUGCUGUAAAAGUAACAUAAGGAAUGUUGUCUCUUUUCCCCACAGCCACUGAUGAACUUGAAACUGGAUUUGCUCGACUUUCAAAGAAGUUUCAUUUGCCCCAGGAUCGCCUUUCCAGAGCAAAAAAAUAUUAGUUCUGCCUCACAGUCUUUUCCUGACCCAGUCUCUCUCUUCUGCCCGAGUCUUCGGUUCUUCCCUCCCCACCACGAGCAAUGACUUCGCCGGUGUCACCGGUCUCCAUCUCCUUUGUAACCCAAGAGGUCGGCAAUUCCAGGCUCCAGCCGUGUCUCUCGGAGUCUGUUCACAGGACUAGCGUCACCCAUCUUCGCGCCCUUGGAUAUCCCGAAGGUUGGCACUUCACGGCCUCUUGCCUCGGGCUCCCACCCAACGCUUACCCUGCAGCAGUCGGCAGCUCGCGAGCCCAGCUGCCUGCACCAGACGUGUUCCUCAGCAUCUGAUCAGGCACGUAACUAGAUGGCAUCUCAACUCCCCUCCAUGCCCUUUCCUCCUUGCUGUCUUUUCUUGCCACCCAUUCACCCAAGGCUGACAGCGGCACCCACGCAGCACUAAAUGCCCGAGACACCAAUUCCACCCGAGCGCUAUUCCGUCCCCAGCUCCCCCGCGCCUGCGCGGCCCGGCCCGGCGCUGCCCUCCUGCGCGUGCGCGGGGCCGCGGUCGGGGCUGCCGGGGGCGGCGGCCGCGGGCUGUGCCCGGAGCUGUUGCUGUGCCUGAGGUGCGCUGCGCAGGAGCCGCAUGGAGUCGGGAUCGCUGCCGGGACCUCCCCUCCCCUCCCCUCCCCUCCCCCUGCUUGAGGCACGAUACCGCCCGCCGUCUCUCUCCCAUGUAGGGACUGUGCCCGCGUUCCUGCUGCGGGACGAAGAGGAUCUUCGGGUUCGGGAGGAAGGGGCAGCCGCCGUCCGGCAGCGCCUCCUUUCCCUGCCCCGCCGGUGCCUACGAGCUUUUGCAGAAGGACCUGGACAAGCUACACCGUGCGGUCCCAGCGGCGGCCUGGCCCAGGUGCGGCAGGGACUGAAGAAGUACGGCAUCGACGGGCGGGACAAGGCGGAGCGGACAGCUCUGCAUCUUGCUUGUGCAAAUGGCCUUGUGGAUGUAGUUAUGUAUCUAGUGGAAAACAAAUCUUUUUAACAAUGAUUACAAA